UCCUUCUCUUCCCUUCGAACAAUCGCAAGCACUUGCCUCGCCCUCGCCCAGGAGAGAUGAAAAUUCAGCCACCAUCGAUGAUAUGAGCCAUGGCUUAGACGGGCUGCGGUGCCGCGGCCGAACCGACCUGCUGGAAUGAAAGCAAAGAGGGGCCAGGCACGCGUCCCACGCGGAAAAUGGAUAGCUCCAGGCCAGAGAUAGACAGAGAGAUCCAUCUCACUUUCGCUGUCGCGCGCUUCACUCUCCCACCUCACCCACAUCUCUCUUUUUUUCCAACUAAACAACAGCGAAUCACGAACUCCACGACAUGGCCCCCACCGCGACGUCUGCUGCUCAGCUCGGCGACGGAGGCGCCAAUGGCGCAGCACCAGCUGCUACCAAGACCAAGACAGUCGCGGCCGCGGCGACAUCUGCAGCAUCGACGGUGAAUGCGGUGCUGAGCACCGGCAACGCCCUCGCUCGGGGUGCCGUCGCCGCGGGCACAGACGCCGUCACCGCACCUGCACUGAGCAGCCGCGAGACGAUGGCGCUGGAGAGCGCACACGGCGCGCACAACUACCACCCGCUGCCCGUCGUCUUUGAGCGCGCGGCGGGCGCCCACGUCUGGGACCCCGAGGGGCGGUGCUACAUCGACUUCCUCUCGGCCUACAGCGCCGUGAACCAAGGCCACUGCCACCCCAAGAUUGUCGCUGCUCUCGUGGCGCAGGCGUCGAAGCUGACGCUGUCGUCGCGCGCCUUUUACAACUCGUCGUUUGGGCCGUUUGCCAAGAAGGUCACUGAGCUCUUUGGCUACGACAUGGUGCUGCCCAUGAACACGGGCGCCGAGGCCGUCGAGACGGCUCUCAAGCUCGCCCGCAAGUGGGGCUACACCAAGAAGGGCAUCCCCGACGGCAAGGCGCGCAUCCUCAGCGUCGCCGGCAACUUCCACGGCCGCACCCUCGGCAUUGUCUCGAUGAGCACCGACCCCGAGAGCCGGCUCGGCUUUGGCCCCUUUCUCGACGGUGUUGGUCCCGGUGUCGAUGGGCUCGCCAUCCGCUACGGCCACGCAGAGGACCUCGAGGCGGUGCUGGCCAAGCACGGCAACGAGGUGGCCGCCUUUCUCGUGGAGCCCAUCCAGGGCGAGGCAGGCAUCGUCGUGCCCCCGGCCGGCUACCUGACGCGCGUGCGUGAGCUGUGCACCAAGCACAACGUGCUCCUCAUCUGCGACGAGAUCCAGACCGGCCUCGCACGCACGGGCAAGAUGCUUGCCUGCCAGCACGACGGCGACGCCAUCCGGCCCGACAUGGUCACCCUCGGCAAGGCCCUCAGCGGCGGCGUCUACCCCGUCAGCUGCGUCCUCGCCGACGCCGACGUCAUGCUCACCAUCAAGCCCGGCGAGCACGGCUCCACGUACGGCGGCAACCCGCUCGGGUGCGCCGUCGCCUCGGCUGCCCUCGAUGUCCUCGUCGACGAGGGCCUGUGCGAGCGCGCCGACCGGCUCGGCGCCAAGUUCCGUGCCGAUCUCGAGGCACUCAAGGCCGAGUCGCCCCUGCUCACCGAGGUGCGCGGCCGGGGCCUGCUCAACGCGAUUGUUAUCGACGAGACGCGCAGCACGCGUGGCCGCGGCGCAUGGCAGCUCUGCCUGCUCCUCAAGGCGCGCGGCCUCCUCGCCAAGCCCACGCACGUCAACAUCAUCCGCCUCGCCCCGCCGCUCGUCAUCGACGAGGCCGACCUCGACCGCGGCGUCGACAUCAUCCGCCAGUGCCUCGCCGACCUGGACCGCCUCGACGCCAUCCCCGGCGAGGAGGGCGACGAGCACGCCGUCGUGCCCCCGACGACCGAGACUUGAUUCCUACAACUUCCCAACUCAACCCGCAACGAGCCACGCCAAGCAAAGUCUGACAUGUAUACCAACUGCAGUGUCCGUCUCCCCUAGGUUCUUCUUCACAGGAAACCAAAGGGGAGAGGGGGCUGCCUGCAGGAAAAGAGGCCACGGCCCUCAGCCGACCUCUUUUCACCGUCAUUUCUUUAUUCUCUCCGCCUCGCAUACAGCCAGCCAGCCAGCAACCAUCUUGUACUUGUAUACAUAAACUGCACUUUGGGCACAGACGACCACGGCCUUUAGCCGAUCGUCUCUGCCACCCCAGCCUCAUCUGUACUCGUUGUCUCCCCACCAUGCUCCCCCUAAUGCCCCAUUAUGUCUACAAUGUGAA